AGUCCCGGGGGUCUUCGCCAGUACUGCUGACUUCAAGCAGCAUGUCGGUGCGGACGCUACCGCUGCUAUUCUUGAACUUGGGUGGGGAGAUGCUUUACAUCCUGGACCAGCGGCUGCGGGCCCAGAACAUCCCCGGAGACAAGGCCCGCAAAGAUGAAUGGACAGAGGUGGACAGAAAACGAGUUCUGAAUGACAUCAUCUCAACCAUGUUCAAUAGAAAGUUUAUGGAGGAAUUGUUCAAACCCCAAGAGCUUUACUCCAAGAAGGCCCUGAGGACUGUCUACAACCGCCUGGCUCAUGCCUCCAUUAUGAGACUGAACCAGGCCAGCAUGGAUAAGGUGUCCACAUUUCUAAAGGAUAAAGUUCAGAAUUCUAAUGGUCGCUUUGUGUUGCCAGUGUCUGGCCCUCUUCCCUGGGGAACUGAAGUUCCCGGACUCAUCAGAAUGUUCAACAACAAAGGUGAAGAAGUGAAGAAGAUAGAGUUCAAGCAUGGUGGAAACUAUGUCACUGCACCCAAAGAAGGUUCCUUUGAACUUUAUGGAGACCGAGUCCUGAAACUGGGAACUAACAUGUACAGUGUGAAUCAGCCUGUGGAAACCCACAUGUCCAGAGGAUCAAAGAACUUAGCCUCACGGACACAGGAAAACAUUGCUCCAAACCCUCUUGCUAAAGAAGAGCUGAAUCUCUUGGCCCGGCUGAUGGGAGGGAUGGAGAUUAAAAAACCCAGUGGCCCUGAGCCAGGAUUCCGGUUGAAUCUCUUUACCACCGAUGAAGAAGAGGAACAGGCAGCACUAACCAGGCCAGAAGAGUUAUCCUACGAAGUUAUCAACAUACAGGCUACCCAGGAUGAGCAACGAAACGAAGAGCUGGCUCGGAUCAUGGGGGAAUUUGAGAUCUUGGACCAGCCAAAGCAGAGCGCCAGCAAGGGGGAUGAUCUGCUAGCCAUGAUGGAUGAGUUAUAGCUGUGCUGACCUGGCACACCCUGCCCCCAGGGGAGAGGCUGCUUGAUGAGGACCCCUGCCCUUCUAGUUCCUGUUUAUGUUGUAACAAACUGUGCAGAUCUUACUCAGAGAGGACCCUCUCUUGAAGGCACACACAUACACAAACUUUCAGCAAAAUAUAUUUUGGCUUUUAAACUUGA